CUUCGCUCUCUCCCCGACCUCUUGCUCGGUUUUCCCAUUCAAUCGACCUUGCUUCGAUAUCACCAUCACUGAAUCGCACGCAAGGUUCACUUCAGUCACUUCAUCCUCUUUCGCCUCUCAGCAUUUGACAUAGAAAGACAUAAGCUCGCGGUCAAAUCACACACGACCUCUCUCAUUCGCGAAAACUACAGAACAACCUAGACUAUAAAAAUGGCAUUCGAUCGAGGUGGCCGAGGUGGUGGUGGACGAGGUGGUGGCCGUGGUGCCCCUCGAGGAAGGGGUGCUCCCGGUGGUGGACGAGGUCGAGGUGGUGCUGCCGGACGAGGAGGUGUUGGCAAGAAGGGAGGUGCUUCCGUCACCCUCGAGCCUCACAAGCACGACGGUGUCUUCAUCGCCAAGGGCAAAGAGCACUUGCUCGUCACCAAGAACCUUGUUCCCGGUGAGAGCGUCUACGGUGAAAAGAGGAUCACCAUCGCCACCCCCAACGCCGAUGGUAGCGAGGACAAGACCGAGUUCCGAGUAUGGAACCCCUUCCGAAGCAAGCUUGCUGCUGGUAUCUUGGGAGGUCUCGACAACAUCCACAUCAAGCCUGGUGCCAAGGUGCUCUACCUCGGAGCCGCUUCCGGUACCUCGGUAUCCCACGUUGCCGACAUUGUCGGACCUGAGGGAACUGUAUACGCUGUCGAGUUCUCUCACCGAAGUGGACGAGAUCUCGUCAACAUGGCCAAGAAGAGGACCAACAUUAUCCCCAUUGUUGAGGAUGCCCGUCACCCUACCAAGUACAGGAUGCUCGUCAGCAUGGUCGAUGUCGUCUUCGCCGAUGUUGCCCAGCCCGAUCAGGCUCGUAUCGUCGGCCUGAACGCCCAUCACUUCUUGAAGCACGAGGGCCACGUCGUCAUCUCCAUCAAGGCCAGCUGUAUCGACUCAACGGCACCCGCCGAGGCCGUCUUUGCCCAGGAAGUAAAGAAGCUUCAAGGAGAGAUGGUCAAGCCGAGGGAACAGCUCACCCUGGAACCUUACGAGCGUGAUCACUGCAUUCUCAUCGGAACAUACGUCCGACACCAGUAGAAGGGGCAAGGUCGCGGUUGAGAGGUUCAGGCUGCAAUGUUGUGUUGUUACGGAUUGUUUUUGACUUUUUUCUCCCUCCAUCCGAGCUCUUGAGCUCGUGUAUUAUAUCAUCCACGGACUGCCUGCAAUCGGGAGUCUUUCAGAACGCUAUACGUGUUACUUCGCGCCGCGUAUUAAGUCAGCGAUGUGAUCAACUACGGUGCGAUUUAGGGGUUACUAAGCUAGCUACAAUUGAGGUCUCGGAGAGCUUUCUCAAUCUGCAACAUUCGACCUUCUUGUUCUCGCAUCGCAUUCUUGUAUGCCUUGGUCUGACAUAGCAAGGCAUACCCUUUCUUUGCAGGCCGCUCGAGAUACCGAACUUGACG